UCAUUUGAUUUCCAAAAGCAAGGCGGUCAAACAAUCUCAUAUCUUUCUAUUCUCACCUUUAAGCAGGAAAUCUUAUAAUUAGUUUGGCUUUAUCUUUUUUUUAUUCUUCUCUUUCCUCAUUGGACUGUCAAAAAGCCAUAGACAGUAGUUUCUGUGGCUCCUCCUGCUGUCUUCCAGGCUCCAGCUUUCAUUUUUGUCAGUAGAACUGCAACAACAACACACGAUGUGUUGUGGGAUUCAGAUUUCAAACACGACCGCAUCAUUCUCACUUUCUCAGUUGCUCUAUCUGCUCUGAAAUAAUGGGUGCCCUGCAUUUUGUUACUACUGCUACUUUUUUCUCAACGUAAUGGAUGUCCUCUCUAAGAAGGUUGAAACUAGGAAGUGACUUGUACUGGUUUCAUCCUUAAACAUGAAAUUGCGGCCAAUGAUUGGGUGGCACUCAGUUGUACCUAUUCGUUUGAGGGGUAAUUCAACCAUCAAUUUCUGUGUGUUCUCAAAAGUGAAGUCAGCAGGCUUUGGUCCAGGCAAUUCACCAGUCUAUCUGAAUGUGUAUGAUUUGACAACCAUUAAUGGCUAUGUCUAUUGGGCUGGCGUAGGCAUCUUUCAUUCUGGGGUGGAAGUUCAUGGCGUAGAGUAUGCCUUUGGAGCCCAUGACUACCCAACAACUGGUGUCUUUGAGGUUGACCCUCGACAGUGCCCUGGCUUCAAGUUUAGGAAAUCAAUUUUUAUGGGGACAACAUGCUUGGAUCCUUUUCAGGUUAGAGAGUUCAUGGAGCACCAGUCUGCAAACUACAAUGGUGAUACCUAUCACUUGAUUACUAAGAACUGCAACCAUUUUUGCAAUGAUAUAUGUUACAGACUGACUGGGAACCCCAUACCAAAAUGGGUGAAUCGACUUGCGAGAAUAGGUUCGCUAUGCAACUGCAUACUCCCUGAAUCCCUUAAGGCUACUACUGUGCCACAUGACCCUGAUUUCCAAGGCAGAGACAGUGAAAAGAAGAGACUGAGAAGUGCCUUCAGCUGCUUGUCGUCAAUCUCAAUGCCUCAGAGGGAAGUGUCCCUGUCUUCGCUGUUUCUACACUCUCAUUACAAAGGCUGUGUACCGCCGUGGGAGUCCAAGAGAUCUAGGAAGCAGAAGGAAGGAUGAGAAAAUCUUACUUUCAGAUCCCUUGAGUUCUGCUGGAAAGAAAACCAAUCUAUAUUGCUGCUCUUGUUUUCCUGUUUUUGCAACAGUCUGUGUUCCUGGGGAGAGGUUUUAUCCUGCUGCUGCCGUAACAUUUUUGCAGAUCUGUAAUGUUUAUCUGUAAUGUUUAGCAGGAGGGAAACCCAUUAAUUUUUUAAAAAUGUACCUCAAUAUAUCUUCAGGUAUAUUAGGCAUUUCUUCUUCAGAA